GAACACUUUUCAUACAUAAAUAAAAGCUACCACAGAAUUAUGUAAAGUUUUAACUAUUUCACAGUAAAUAAUAAGAGUUAAUAUUACAUUGGCCUCUGAGUCUACAGAAUUACAAUGCGUUUAUAUUUGUCAUGGUGCGGUAAGGUGCGGGUCACACAAUGACAACACUCCUCCAGCAAAAUAACCCCCGGCCACACGAUUUGUUUUUAACGUGAUCAGUUCAAACUAGGGUAGUCUGUAUCCAUUUUUUAAGUGCAGCUUGGGUUUAGGACGCGAUAAGGUACCCGAAAUGUCAGCUGCAGCACGUAUAGCUGCGCCGUCGACGCUGUCCCGGUUCCGCGGCGCUCUGAUCGGUGCCGUGUUAGGAGACUGUAUAGGCGGCGAGUUUGAAGGCGCUGUGGAUGUGCCUUUAGAUCGAGUUCUUCAGCAUCUCAGUGCGUUGGAGGAUGAAACGCGGGGCGAUGGAAUUCUUCAAUACAGUGACGACACUGCCAUGAUGCGAUGUGUUGCUAAUUCACUCCUAACCAGGACAGAGUUUGAUGAACAAGACAUGGCUCGAAGAUUUGCAAAGGAGUACAACCUUGCUCCAGGGCGAGGUUACGGGUCAGGCGUUAUACAGGUACUGCGGAAGCUUGCGUCCCCCCAACUGAGGGAUGUCUUUCAGCCGGCAAGGGCUCAGUUUGGUGGCCGUGGUUCUUUCGGAAAUGGGGGUGCAAUGAGAGCUGCACCCUUCGCCCUUGCCUUCAGAAGUCCCGCUGAUGUGUGCAGGUACUCACGGCUUGGUGCCAUGUUAACACACUCCUGCUCUUUGGGCUACAACGGGGCAAUGUUGCAGGCUCUUGCUGUCCAUCUGUCUCUACAGGGGGCCUUGGCUCUGCCAAGGGAUUUCAUUAACAGACUGAUCUCAGAAAUGGAAGAGGUGGAAAAAGAUGAGACAGCCCAGCUUGAUGCUAAAGCACUCAGUUUAUCAGAGUUCCCCUAUUGCACACGUUUGCACAGAGUGAAAGAACUUAUGGGGAGAAACAGUGUGAGCAUUGAGGAGGUCAUAUCUGAACUGGGGAAUGGCAUUGCUGCCUUGGAGUCUGUGCCCACUGCGAUCUUCUGUGUGCUGCAUUGUUUGGAGCCCCGGGAUGGGCUGCCAGAGCGAUUUGGAGGACUGGAGAGGACAUUAGCCUACAGCUUGGCUCUGGGUGGUGACACAGAUACCAUUGCAUGCAUGGCAGGGGCAAUUGCCGGGGCACAUUAUGGCAUCGAGUCCAUUCCCCAGAGCUGGCAAAAGAGCUGUGAAGGGGUAGAGGAGGCUGAUGUGUUAGCAAGGCGUUUGUAUGAUCUGUACAGCCUUACACAGUUUGACGAAGACAGGGGGACAACAAGCUGCAAGAACAAUCAACCGCACACACGUGCCAGUGAUUAGCACACUACAAAAUCUGACUGACCCACCAUACGGCCAUGUACAACAUGCAGUCACAAAUAUGAGAAACUUUUCUUGGCACAUAGUGUCAUAUUUAAUUGCUAACAUACCAUAACCUAAAUUUAUAAAACUGAUCUUCUUGUGCAAAAAUGUUUACAAUAAAAAGAACAAAAUGCUAUCAGAUUCACCGGUAAAUAGUCUUGUGUUUGAUUUAUUA